UUUCUGUCGUGCACCGCGGUUGCUUGGCGAGGAGAAACCCACAAAUUUCAAGCCUGCACGUCUUCACAUCGAAACCAUGGACUUUUGGAUGAAGACUGGCUAGUCCACUGAACCACUUUAUGUCAUGAACUGCUGCACAGACCCGUUCCACAGGACAGGCAUCAACAUGACCAUCACAUCACUACCCACCGUGAUGCUGUUACCGGAUAUGUUUGAUGUGAGUAAAGAUCACCGAGCUGAAUUCCUUGCAUGAACACGCUGGGGUUCGGAUCCUGUCGUACCGAGGGUUUAAAGUGUGGUUUGUGUCAACAUCAGUCAGUAAACCCUCCCCUUUGCGACAGUGCCCAGACAGUUCUCAUUACCCCCAGCGUGAGUUCAAACAGACAGCGACCAUUGCUGUGUGUGCAUGCCACUCCCGGAGAAGACCAGCUGAUCCCAAGGUCCAACAGGAGUCUAAACUGUUCAUCGCCAUUGAUUUCUCCACACAACCACCCCGAUUAUUGCAUCCCGUGUAUGGGGGGCGUGGAGGAGUGGGACUGCCCAGACUCCAGACGCUGCAGCUGCCUGUGAUGUUGCGAGUCUUCCGUCUCCUGCCGCUGCAGCUGGCUUCUGUCUCCUGACGAAGGUCUUUGUGUCAACAGGUGAUAGCCAGGGUCCAGGCGGCGAGAUGAAAGAUGACCACAAAGCGCGUGGGACGGCGGCUUCCUUUGAGGUCAGCUAUGUGGGUUGUCACCCGCCGCUGACUACACCUGUCACAUCUUGUAUCCAGUCCAGGAUAACACGCGCAUAGAAAGUUGAUAGAUGUCUAAUGAUGUUGGUACACCGAGAAAAGCAGCGGGAGUGUGAUAAAGUAAAAAUUAAUAAUAAUUAAGAGAAAGGUAUGUAAAAAUACAUAAUAGCAUCAGAAGAACUUUGAGGAAGAACACAGCCAGGUGUUCAAUUUUUAAAAUGCAAAUUUUAUAAAGUGCCUCCUGCUACAGGUCAGUCAACUGUCAACCGCUGAUCUUUCGAUUAGUGUCGACCAUGCUGUGUUUGCUGAUGUAUCAGUCAUCACGAUUGUUGCCGAUGUGGUGGCCAUCAGCUGACGACUGACGUUUGAGAUGAAAUAAACAGAUGCAAGAGACAGGAGAGUGAUGGGUGGCCACACCUCAGCCAGACAAGGGUUAACCAAGGGUGAUAUGCAAGUCUCGCCAUUUAUCACAGACCUGCUGACCUGUGAAACAAACGGAAUUACCAAAUGCCGGCUGCCAAACGUUGCUCGGAAACCGCCAGCAAAACCGCGCGUGUGUGUUGAGCAUUUCGGGAAAAAAAAACACAACAACAACACAUCAGGAACUUCAUUGUCAUCUAUUGAGUAUAUUUUUUUUUUAUCAAACGAUUAUAAAGUCAAAUCAUCUUUUGCUCCGCAAGUAGUGUUUAUCCCAAGCUAUUUCACAUGAAUGGAAGAAUGACAACUAACCCAUCAGUUUGAAUAGAGUUUAAAUAUAAUAUAAUAUUAAAGGAAAAUUUUGCAUUGAUGUCAACCAUCGAUCAAAAUUUUAUGUAGAAACUGGAUAAUGAGAAAAAACAACCGGAGGCUAGUCAACAAGAGCGUACAUUAAAUAAAUAAAAUAAAAAUAAAAUAAAAAAAAAUCUUUGUGUGGAACGUAAGAAAAGAAGAAGUCCAAUACAUCAAUCUUUCCCAGGCACUCCUAAUGUCAGGGGAGCUCGAGGCUGGAUGAAGACACCAUGGCUGCCCCUCCGUCGAGCUCUGUGCGAGAUACAUAACGCCCGCGCAGAGAAGGGAAAAUAAUACAGCGCACCCCGGUCUGCCAUCUUGAAAAGGAGAGUCUGCCCGGAAAGGACAGGCUGAGGAUUGCUGACUCGCCAGUGCGCAUGCGUCAGGCUCGGGACUUAGCUACGACGUUCCAUACAUCUUUAGUGCGAGUGCGUGCCUUUGCUCGAUGGGAUUAUGGCCUAGCGGCCAGUGUUUUGGGAAUUUCGCGCCGCAGUAUAUUUUUCUGGAAGCAUCUGUGCCUUUCGGAACCAGCAGGUAGUCGUCUUCAGUGGGUGUCGUCAUCAUGGCCACAACCUGCGCAAUGCGGUAAAAAUAAUAACAAUUUAUUUCAGUUAAACUUGUUUCUCGGGAAUAAAUUUAAAAAAAUAUUUCACGUGGUUGAUUUUAUCAAAAAAUACCAUCGACUUCUGUCUGCAAGACACAAGAUUUUUUUUUCUGAUGUUGAUACUGUUGAAUGACAUGUAUUAACCUGGACUUCUUGUUGUGGAUGUUUUCUGCCGUGUGAUGGACGAGUUAUUGACAUUCAUGAAGCAGAAACUUCCAAAAUUUUCAAAUCAUCGUUCCCCUAGAUGCUGUGAGUGAACUGAGCAAGUCAAACUGUUUUAUUCUGCAUUUCGAGGAUUGUAAACCCUGACAAGAAGUGACUGAGAAACUCAAGUAAACAAAGCCAGGGACUUCAAAACGGUUUGAGGCAUUGGAAGUACCUCUCUCAAGCAGUGCUACAUUCCAGCGCGGAAGGAUAAACAGUGCCAAUGACAUCUGUGGGAGCUACGACAACAGUCCUUCUUUGUAGUCUUGCUCAAUUCCACAUGACAUCAUAGGCAACGGAUUCCUUUCUGUGUGAUGCGGAGAGAAACUUUCUACUGGCAAAGGGACAUGAAGCCCUUCCGGCCUGGUGAUGUAAAUAUACAUUCGUCUUCAAAGAUAAUUCACAGGGACACUUGGAUGAGAAGAUAAUUUCGUUUGAGAGAUUUUAUUGGAAAGUUUGAGUUGUUAUUGUAAGAUCACGUGGACGUGGCUCUCUGGAAGUGACCCACUGCCAUAUUUUGCGGUUACCUAGCUAAAGACAGUGUCAACAGGCUCUGGGGGUCGGCAAUGUUGACCUUUCGUGACCUUGCGAAGCAGAGAGUCCGCAAAAGGGAGAGUAUCGAUCGUCAAGGACGGCCACACGGGAACCGCAUUCAAGACACGGCGUCGAAAUUUGUGAUUUUCAGACUAAAUCCUCUGUGACCUCUGCAUUAUUCUUCUUACUGCGACCUCCAUCGACUUGGAACUCUCGGCCUUGUCUCUACAGAAAGGUUUUCUGGACAAGCGCAGUACUCUUCAUCAUUCACAUGUAUCUAGACAAACAUCUAAACAAUGGAUUAAGAUUGAAACGUUAAGCCUUAGACAAUUGAAAGACAGGAUUCUGCCGGCAACAUCAAAAGAUUUCGGAAUGUUGGCCGGUGGUGGCGACACAUGGAAUGGCGGACUCACGGCCGAGAGAAAGGCGAGAGGAUGGAGCCAAGAGGUGGUGUACCAAUGUGACGUCAUUGUUGUUGCUGGUCGGAUUAUGCAUCCAGUGACGUCAUCACCAUGUCACUAAAGUCCAACACGAGCGGCACCUGGCGGGAAUACCGGUACGAGAAAAUACGACGAGGGGGUGUCGGGAGUGAAUCAGUGCGGCACCAUGACCACGGUGAUCCAUUGGCUCCCAGGGUGGCCCGGGAGAAGAGAGGAGCCUCCCGCCUCAACCUCAGCAGCGACAAAAAUAGAUCGCUGUCCUCUCUGGAGGAAGAUUUUAUCUACGCGGCAGAGUUCGGCGACAUCCCCACGGUGCGCCGAGUGCUGGAGGAGAACGCCAACUUCUCCGUGGACUACAGCGACAUCUUGGGACGUACGCCUCUCCGAUUGGCUGUUGGCAACGAACACCUGGAGGUGGUGGAGCUGUUGCUGGACCGCUGCAACCUGUCGACGAUCCACGAGGCGCUGCUGCAGGCCAUCAGCGCCGGGCACGAGCAGAUUGCCGAGACCAUCCUCAAGCAUCCCAAGUACUGCCACAUCAAGAAGGAGAACAAGCGUUUCGGCGCCACCGACUACUUCUACACCACCACCAGCGAGGACUCGCCCUUCAGCUCCGACAUCACGCCCCUGAUCUUGGCCGCCGAGCGAAACCAGUUCGAGAUCGUUCAGCUGCUGUUACUGCGAGGGGAGACCAUCCCCAAGCCUCAUCACUAUUACUGUAACUGCCAGGAGUGUGCCAACAAGUUAGAGUUUGAUCAGCUGCGGCUGGCCAAGACCCGCUUGAACGCCUACAAGGGCUUGGCUAGUGGAGCCUACAUCUCGCUGUCCAGCAAGGACCCUGUGCUCACCGCCUUCGAGCUGGCCAGAGAGCUGCGACAGGUGGCCAUGGAGAAGUACUACAAGACGGACUACCUGGCGCUGGCUGACCAGCUGAGCGACUACGUGGUCAAGCUGCUGGACAAGAUCCGCGGCCAUGAUGAGCUGCAGGUGCUGAUCAACAAGACAGGUGCUGACAGCGAACAGGAGACCUACGAACUCUUGGCGAGACUGAAGCUGGCCAUCCGCUACCGCGAGAAACGGUUUGUCGCCCACCCGAGUUGCCAGCAGAAGCUGGUCAGCAUCUGGUACGCCAACCUGCGGACACUGGAGAGGUCCAACUGGUUCAAGCGAGGAGUCAUCGUCAUUCUCAUCACAUUCUACCCCGUCCUCGCCAUCUGCUAUUGGUUUGCGCCCAAAACAAAGGUGGGAGAUUUUCUCAGGUGUCCCUGCGUAAAAUUCAUUGGCCAGACCAUGUCCUUCAUCACCUUCCUCCUCAUGAUUCUCAUCUCUACGGCCAUGGAGUGGCCUUCUGUGCACAAAAAUUUGUCCACGUUCACACAGGUGUAUAUUCAUUAUGAAGUCUUCCGUAACCGGACUGGAGUCUGGCCAGCCGACUUUGUUGUCCGCACGUUCCAGCCAGAAAUUAUUCAUCUUCUGAUGUCAAUAUGGAUUGUUGGAAUGGUUUCAGAGGUCAAGCAGCUGUAUGGAGAUGGCCUGCUGAACUACUUUGACUCACUGUACAACUACCUGGACACAGCUGUCCUCAGCUUGUAUGUCGCAUCCUUCACCUUGCGAUACUUCACCAUCACCAUGGUGAAUCUCUCCCUGGAGUAUUUCGUGGACGCUAAACCGUGGAAUGAUCUGUUCGAAGGCAGACCGGAGCCUGAGCAGCGCUUGUACUGGUUGAUUGCAGAUCGCUUCUACUGGAACAGCUACGACCCACACAAUGUGGCAGAAGCCAUGUUUGCUCUCGCCAACAUCAUCAGCUUUGCCCGCGUGUCCUUCGUGCUCCCAGCCAACGAACUCUUUGGGCCCAUGCAAAUCUCGCUGGCCCGGAUGAUCACGGACAUCCUCAAGUUCGGUGUCAUCUUUUUGGUCCUGUUCUUGGCCUUUCUGGUGGGUCUGCACAAUCUGUACUGGUAUUACCCUAAAGCUGUCCGCAAGACUGUGGAGCUGUUUGAGAACAAUGUUACGACGAUCGCCGAGAGAUACUUUGGCAUACCUGAUGUCACCUUCAGAACGGUCUUCUGGUCCAUGCUGGGCCGUGGUGAACCCUCCGUAGUGGAGCUGGGUGACUACGAGAACUACUUCGUUCAAAACGUCGGCUACUGGAUCUUUGGCUGUUACAACGUCGCCAUUGUCAUCGUCCUCCUCAACAUGCUUAUUGCCAUGAUGUCACGGUCCUUCGACAUCAUCCAGGCGGAGGCCGACACUGAGUGGAAGUUCGCGCGCACGAAGUUGUACAUGGAGUACAUCAGCGGCGAGUCGACCCUGCCCGUGCCCUUUAACAUCGUGCCCAGCCCCAAAUGCUUCCUCAACCUUCUCCAGCGUGUCUGCAGCUUGUUCCGCCGAAAGAAAGAGCUGCCACCCGUAGGUCAUCCGGGAAGAAUCAAAGACAUUGAGAUGUUCCCUUCCUCUAACGGAAACCAGGAUUCCCAGAUCCAGCAGGGCUGGGAGACCCCAGGGGCCCGCAAUGCUGGGAUCAAGAGGUUUCAGGAACGAAUGGGAACAACAAAUGGAUUUGUGCGAAACGACUCUGACCCUAACCUGUACGCCAGUGAAAACCUGACCUACAAGCGCGUGAUGAAAAGAAUCGUCAAGCGUUUCAUCUUUGACACACAACGGGAAGACGACACGAAAGAAGCUGACAUCGAUGAGCUCAAGCAAGACAUAUCCAGCUUCCGGUACGAGAUGUUGAACCAGCUCAACGUCCACCAGAAUAUGUCCCAGCAGGCCUCGGAGCGCCUGGAGCAUUUGUCGACCCGCAUGGAGCAGCUGGUCAGACAGCAGGACAUUCUCCUAAAGUGUUUUCUCAAAGGAAUACACUCUGGUGAUUUUUCUACGGAUCCAGGAGGAGGCAACAGAGGUGGCAGCAGCUGUACAGCUCGUGGAGGACUUGGGGGAGGAAGAGGUGCUGAAGGUGACGUGUACAUUAUCACUCCUGGGGACAGGGACGACACUUCCCCUUGUGGCUCGCCUAUAGGGCCGAUAUCUCCACACAGCCCCAGCCACCGCAGCCCCUUCUCCUUCGCGCCGUCAGACCUCUCCUACGCAUGCGCAGAUUUAACCAACGCUGGUGACGUCAGAAGUGCUGGCAGUUCGCGUUCCUCCAGCCGGAAGUUGCAUGGGAUUCCGGAAGAAGACAAAGCUAGGGUCGACUUUAGAGCUUAUCGUAGCCUCAGCGCUCGCUGUCCCGCGAGGGAGGAUGGGGACAGGAGGGACCGACGGGGAUCCGAACCUCCUCCCUCGCCGUUCAGACGCCGCGAUCCUGCUCGUUCACCGCUGGACGUCAAAGUCGAGUUCCGAACCCCAAAGGUUCUGGACGAACGAGGUGGCGCGAGUGUCAGGAGCAGCGACUCUGCUGCCUGCACAUCCCAGACUAGUGGUGGCCCUGCUGACGAUGGUGAUGCGGUGGCGGUAGAGACAGUCGUGGUGGUGGGAAUGAACGUGACAGGAGUCACCAUAGUGACGAACGCGAGAGACGUCACCCAGGUGACGCCAUGGACAGUGACGGAGACGACCACGACACGUACACGAUCGUCGAGCGACUGUGACUUUAGUGUUAUCGUGUGUUAUCAACUGUGUCGUCAUAUUCUCUUCUUCAGAAGCGGACAUGAACAUAAACCACAGCAGCAGUGGAGUGUGUGGGAGGUAGCCUGUGAUGUCAAACGGUUGCUGCUUACAGUCGGAGAGUGACAUCACGUGGACCCUGUUGCAUGAGUGUUUUUAACGACCCAUACAUUUCAAACAAUCAACAGUUUUUAUGGGCUGUUUUAUGGAUGGAAAGUGAACACAAACCCUUAUGCAACGUGGCCCAGAAGAAGAAAGUAAUCAGUCUGCUGAAAAUCCUUGUAGGGUCAAGGUCGGCUGCCAAUCACUAUGGUUACAUUAAAGUUUGCUUGGAACAAUGAGAAUUCUUUUCCCAGUCAGCAGGAAGACAACUAAGAGCUUCACUUAGAAAAUGUUUUUUUUUUUCAGUUUGCUUAUCGCAGAGAAUUUAAAUAAGGGAAGACAGAAAAGAAAAAAACAAAUUUAAAAUGUUUUAAGCCCUUGCUUUUUUGUUAUCAGACAAAAGCUCGUUACUAUGGUUGCAAAUAGAUUGUCACUCUUGUUUGUUAAUUGGGGGGAUUUUGAGAAAAAGUUAAAUAUUCAUCCAUUAUAAAUAUCAUUCUAUUGCUUCCUUUAGUUGAAAUUCCAUUAUUGUACUAUGGUCAGUCAUAAUUAAAAUAAUUAUUUGUCGACAAUGUUUUACAAGUAUUACAGAUAAUUGCAUGAACAUAAGCCAACAGUUUCGUUGCAGUAGUUGUAGUUGACUCUGUUGCCGGUGUACCUCCAGGCUGUGUGUGGAACAAACUAGAAGUCUUAUCGGGAUAGAAUAUGUUUAGAAACAGUCAUAUACUCCUAGAUUGUGUUAAUAUUUAUGUCUGUUCCACUUCAGUAUAGAGCAUUGAUACAGAAAAUUGAAUUGCUUCGAACUGUGAAUACAUUUUUUGCAGAAGGUUGCGCUGAUAUUUUGCCAUUAACAUUUGUGGGUACUGAAGUCUGUCGACAUGAUACCAUUGCAUAUAUUUCCAAACUGAAUAAUGAAUAUAAUUGUAUGGCAUGAACAGUUUUAUUUUAAAUUGAAAUAAUGACAGUGAAACAUCAGACUUUAAAUUACUCACCAUGUCUAAAUGUGAAAACUGAUACCAGACUACAAUUUGUAUGCUUUUUUCCCUUUCAGCUUUCAUUUGAAAAAAGCGGUUCUAAUAAAGUUCACAGAGUAAAAUACAUGCUCAUGAUGAAAAUAGACUAACCGACAAAUAUUUGCAUGAAUCUUUAAAAAAUUCACUGCAAGUAUGUUAACCUGUAAAUUAGUUUCAAGCUCUGAUUAUGAAAUAUUGCAUUCUUUUCCGAAUCAGAAUUAAUAUUGGUGUGCCUUAUCAGAGAGAUUUGCUGUCAGAGAAAACCACUUCCAGAAGUAAGUUGAUCAUUCGGUUUAUGAAGGUCGAAGAGAAGAAUUAGAUGACUAUAUUUCAAGAAACAUGUCAUAAAACUGGAUUCUGUAGGCAGACAAGAGACUUUAAGUACCUGCUUCAGUGCUACACACCAAGGCUGCGUCGGGUUUUUUUUUUUUUUUUAGCUUUUGGUGGGAAAUUCAUUAUAGAAUAUUGUUAUUAAUGACCCAGUAUAUCUGGACGGGAUGUCAGCAUGACCUGUGAAGAUCAAGAAAACAUCACAUUGUUUAUCAGAAGAGAUAAUUUUAAGAGCAAAAAAAUCCACCAAAAUAAGUUUCGAAGCUGAAAAUUUUCCGAAGUGAUUAUGUCUUCUUUCAUAAGGAAACCGUACGUGUUCUACAUUUUUUCAUUGUGGAAAUAAUCAGUUAAUGCCAUCUUGUAAGACAUAUUAUGUAACCUCAAGGGAAGUCGUAGUGUUAGGUGAAGCUUAUACUUUAUUACUGAACCAAUUACAUUUCUUGCUGUUUGGCAUGUUCAUAUUAUUAUUAUUUACUUUUACUAUUGGAGCAUUAUUACUAUUUUACUAUUUUAUACUAUUUUAUUAUUUGUGUAUUCAAUUCACUGUAUUAUAAUAAUAGCACACGAUAUGAUAAUAUUAAUUUAUUUUUCCUGUAAUAUUAUUCGUGUGAAUUGUCUGUGUACUUUAACUGUUUGUGAGUGAAUUUAGUAUGCAAACCAGCUCCAAGGGCUUACAUUCUUCAGAUGAGACGACUAUGACAUCAGCUGCCGGUUGUAUUCUGUUUUAACUAGUCUUUACUCAUUGCGAAGGAAGGAUGCGGAGACAAAUACACAUUUAAUCGUAGAGGAUGGAGAAAGGGAGACAAAUCUCAGACUUCAAACGGGUACAAAAGUUGUGUCCCUUGGCGAGUGAUGGCGGUGUGCAGUUUAUUUAAAUAUGUUUGCCUUCAGAAUUAUAGGCACGCUCGAAAGGAAGGAGCAAACUGUCGGACAUGUAAUCAAACAUCUAGACUAGCAGGCACGCGCACACACACAUACACACAGAGAAAAGAUAGCGAGCGCACUUGUAUUCAAGGAGACAGACAGGAGACAGCAGGCGGCUCAGUGGAUGGAAUUGUCAGAACUUGGAAGAAUGUGGGCUCUUGUUUGCAAUGACGGGUACCUUGUGUGUGUACGCCUGUACUUGUAGGUGCAUGUAAGUAUGCAUAACUGAUCUUACGCACGCGUGUGUGUGUGUGUGUGCAGUUUGUGUAGGAUUAUGAAUGCAUUGUGACUAAUAUCUUUGAUUUUGUUGUUCUGUGUGAGA